AUGGCAUUACAAGAAAGGUACCCGCCUGCUGAGCAAACGCGACGGCCGAUGUUCGCCCCAAAUCCGUACCCUGAGCGGGAUCCUCGCUGGAGAGGCCCAGCCCUCAUGGAUGUCGAUGCCGCUGGCCUCAAUGCCCAGCGUGACGAAGUGUAUCGAGAUGCCCGCCACUGGAGUCUCAACUACGAGAGCAGCUACCAAGUCGGUAGCAGUGCGGAUGCUCCCGCAUCAGACAGGCAUGAAUGCUCUCCUUCUAUGUUAAGCAACGCCCCUUUCUAUGUCCCAAGGAGCCCACCGGCAGUGAGCCCACGCCCCCAGUACCACCACAGAGGUAGUGAUGUCAGAGCCGGCUUCAACAUUGAUCCGGCUCGGGGGUACGAGUACAGAGGACCUGUGCAGUAUCAUGGUUACCAGCCGCCUUUCGCCUCGGAGCCUCAAUACAUAGCAGCACCGAUGCCGAUCUAUGACUCUCCCACCCGAUGGUCUGAUCGUCUGCCCAGUCCCGAACGUCCCCCGCCACAAUACAUGCCGGGACCAUCAUUCCGGGAACGCGAGCGGGCUGGCCCUACUCCGCCGAGAGAUGCGCCCAGACCGCCUCCUCCGGCCCAGCGUAGCUACUCCCAAGCAAGACAUCGGAGGAACGUUCCGAGUAGUAGAAGGAACCCGUACCCACCGCCUUCCCAUGGAAGAUUCUCGGGUGCUGCGAGGUAUGGCGGUGGGAAGAGGAGAGGAAAUAACCAAAGGAAUCGAAAUUCGAGCGGUAGGAAGAGUUCUGGAUCUUGA